UUUGCACUCCCGUCCAGACAGUCGAGGGAGGACGGGGAGUAUUCGCACACUCGGCUGCCUGGGCGGAUGAGGGACUGGCAGAGAAGAAGCCCACCGUGGACUAACUCCCUUGCGGUCUCCUGUCAGACUCGAGGAGGAAAAGAACUGUUGGAUUACUGCGGCCGACCAACCUAGAUUGUCACCGGAGCGGAGAGCGGAGACCGGAGGGCAACGCGGAGCGUCCGUGUUUACCCGGCACGGUGAGCUCGGCUGCGUUUGGAUCACGAACUCGCAACUCUUUGAUUCACGAGUACAGGAACAACAUGACAACUGGACCAGCGUGGACAGCAGUUGCGUCUUUCGCAUCAUGUAACUUCUGUGGCUUGUCAAUGUAACCUCAAGUCGCCUCAGGAGAAAAAUCCCAUUCCCUCUGAACUCCCGGGGAUGUCCUUCCUUGUACCAAUCCCUCCACCCUCAGAUAAAUUCUGCUACCGCAAAAGUCACGGUGGUCACACGCCAUGCCGAUAGGACGCGCCACUAAUCUGCUCCACUCACGCAAUCGCCCGCUAAAGAGGCUUCAAGCAUGUUGAGGGCCCGACGGGAGACCUGUGCUGGAUAUGCCAGUCCCACGCCUCUGGAAUCCAGCGUGCAGAUAGAAGAGGACAACAGCAAAGGCCUGCUCCAGUAGUGCUCCCGGGGGGAGGCGUGGGCCAGGAUGCGCUGACCUCGUAAGCGCCGAUUCCGGACAUGGUGGAAGCUGAUCGAUACAACUGAUUGACACCCUCUUGGAAUACGAGCUUGUGGAUAUAACUUUGGAUCUUGACACGAGCGGGUGGAGUAUGUUUGUUUGCACGUCUCUCCUGGAUGGGGAUCUCACGGAGUUGGACAACAACAGGAGGUGCUUCUGACCGCCUAAACCCUCUUCCAGCCAGUCCGAGAGAAGUCAAAGGACUGUAGCUUGUCCUUCAAAAAAAGACAGCAGUCCUCCACACGGACAGAUGCACCACUGACACGCCAGCUAUGUUUGGACGUGAUGCUCAAUCAGACAGAUCCCGCACAGACUCACUGGCCUGAUUUCACCACCCUGCUACUCAUAUAGUGCUGGAGGCAAGGGAUAAUGCAUGUCAUCCCCUGCCCGAAGGAAGAAGCCACCAUGAGCAACGUCACAGUCACCGACAACACCGAGCCCCUCACCCGCACCGUGAGCCCGGCGCCCCCCAGCCCCUACAGCUACCCCGUCAGCUUCCAGGUGUCCGUCACGGGAUUCCUCAUGCUGGAGAUCCUCCUGGGCCUGAGCUCCAACCUGACCGUGCUGGCCCUCUACUGCAUGAAGUCCAACCUCAUCACCUCGGUCAGCAACAUGGUGACCAUGAACCUCCACGUUGUGGACGUGCUGGUGUGCCUCUGCUGCAUCCCACUCACCAUCGUGGUGGUCCUGCUCUCCCUCGAGGGGGACACGGCCCUUGUGUGCUGCUUCCACGAAGCGUGCGUGUCCUUUGCCAGCGUGGCCACGGCCGCCAACGUGCUCGCCAUCACCUUGGACCGCUACGACAUCUCUGUCAAGCCGGCCAACCGCGUGCUGACCAUGCGCCGCGCCCUCGCGCUCAUGGCGGGCAUAUGGGUGUUAUCUUUUGUCAGCUUUCUGGUGCCCUUUAUUGAGGUUGGCUUCUUCGCGCAGGGCCACGCUGAACUCAACCAGACCCUUGUGGAGAACGUGGUCCACUCCAACCAGUACUACACAGAACUGGGCCUCUAUUACCACCUGUUGGCUCAAAUUCCAAUUUUCUUCUUCACUGCCGUGGUAAUGCUCAUUACCUACUCCAAAAUUCUCCAGGCCCUGAAUAUUCGUAUCGGCACACGCUUCCACGCCUCUCAGAAGAAGAAGGCGCGCAGAAAAAAGCGUACAUCCAUGACGGCAAUGACGCCGCAGCAGGAGGCCACAGACGCGUCCCAGAGCAGCGGCAGCCGCAACCCGACGACGCUGGGCAUGCGGACGUCCGUGUCCGUCAUCAUCGCCUUGCGCAGGGCGGUGAAGCGUCACCGGGAGAGGCGAGAGCGGCAGAAACGCGUCUUCAGGAUGUCCCUCCUGAUCGUGUCCACCUUCCUGCUGUGCUGGACACCCAUCACGGUGCUCAACACGGUCAUCCUCACCCUGGGCCCUAGUGACCUGAUGGUCAAGCUGAGACUGGGCUUCCUGGUCAUGGCUUACGGGACCACCAUCUUUCACCCGCUACUGUACGCCUUCACCAGGCAGAAGUUCCAGAAAGUGCUGAAGAGCAAGAUGAAGAAGAGGGUGGUGUCCAUCAUCGAGGCUGAGCCGACCCCCAACAACCCCAUCAUCCACAACUCCUGGAUCGACCCAAAGAGGAACAAAAAGGUGACGUUUGAGGACAAGGAUGCCCAGCAGAAAUGUCUUUCUUCAGAGGAUGUGGAGUGAAAAGGACAUUGGUCGCCAUUUUAAAAGGGAAAAUGUUCAUCCAAAGCCGUCACGUACUUUCUAAAUAACAUGUACAAUAGGAUUUACAACAAUAAAAAAAAAAAAGAUUAUUUAUUACUAUUUAUUGAGAACAACUGUAGGUUUCAUAGAUGGGACAUACAGUAUACUGUACUGUAGGUAUUGCAUGGCUUUUUGUAACUUACAGCACAUUGUGUCCAUACAUGAUACGUGUACAACUUAGCCAAGGAAGUAGGAAUUAUGUAUAUGUAUAUUUAUAAUAAUAAAUUUGCUCUCCACUCAGCUAAAAAGGGAGAACAUUUCCUGUUGUCCCCCAAACCUCCAAGUCAAGUGUUUGUGACUCACUAAGAGCUGUGAGAUUAUGCCCAUCCAUCACCGUGCCAUGCACUGCAAUGAAAGUAAAGGUAUUAAGACGUAGAACAUGUUGCGGUAUAAAAGGGGAAAUUAAGGUUGAGCCAUUGACACUCGGGUAACAAGAAAACUGUUACCAACUGUUGUUGAUAUUAACCUGCCGUGGAACUCGGACUCCUCUGUGGGAAAAUGCUCAAUUGCCUCAUUUUGAUGUGUCAACAGUGGAGGCCGUGGCAGAGAGGGUCAACACCAGUUGAGUGACAGUACACUACAAGGCCUGGGACACUGUGACGAAUUACAGCAGAACCUUUAAGGUCUAAUGCAAUCCCCAGGGGGGAAAAAAAUAACGUUUUUCCCAUAGGAAAUAAUGGAAAUGGUGAUGAUCCUUCCCAGGGUCAAAAAGGUAACAUCAUAACUACUUUAUUAAAGGAGACAAAUGAUGCAUUUGUUUCCACGAUUUAAACGGUUCCCAGGUGUCUUGACCCUUUAAUUACCCACCUGACCAAUCGGUAGAGCACAUUACAAAAGCAAAUAAUUGGUUUUAUAUGUUAUACGGUAUAGGGUGAGGGGGCCAUCGAGUAUGUAAAGUACCCCCACUGUGGAACUGCGGAACAUCUCGCUCUUUAUUUGAGAGACCCAACCAGAGACUCAACUAUUUGUAUACAAAAUAGUCAAGAAAAUCAAUUUCCCCAAAUCUGUCCGCAGAAAAACAAAUGCCCCAAUACCUUUGUCCACAUAGUGUGUAUGCAAUUGGUAGUCUGUCUCCGAAUAUGGGACCGGUAAUCAGUGCCUGGUUAAACAGACUCCUGGCUCCCAUUGCAUCUUGGCAAACCUGCACAGAAUAAACAUUAUAGCUCAUGAAUGUUUACCCACUAACGACACAGAGGGGAACAAUUGAAAGUGUUUGUGUUUUUACCAUAAUACUACGACAAGCAACUCUACUCUCCUACUUGCCAUAGCCACGUCUCCCUGGGCCUAAUAAAGCGGGAUACGCACAUACCAACAAUCGUGGAGAAUCUGAGCAUUUAACCUCUAAAAUUCAGCAAAGGCCCAAUUAUCGGAUGUCUCAAAGAUUAUCCUGCGUGAUACACUGCAAAAACGCAAAAUCUUACCUUGUGUAUUUAUCUUAUUUUUAGUGAAAACAUCUUAUACUUGUACUUAUUUUAACACAAUUUUGACUUUUUCUCUAAAUUUUCAGCACGACGAAGAGACUUCUUUUAAGAUACAAGAUCUAAUUUUAAGUCAAAUCAGUUCAUAUUUGUUCCAUUGGCAGAUUUUUUUCACUUAUUUGAGGGACAGAAUGUCUUGUUUUAAGUGACUGUGCACUAACGUGAGCGUUCGCGAAACGUCACCGUGAUGCGCAUGCGUAUUAGCAUUGGUUGGUCGAAGUCCCAAUCGCCUCCAUAUAAUUUUGGGCCAGCUCAUGCCAAGCAAAGUUAAAAGCUCCCACAGCAGCGUUGCACUGGGGCAUUUGCAUGUCAAUCUCUCUGUUCUGUUAGCCCUUGGGGACUCGCUUCAAUACAAGGACUAAAGAUGGCACUCUUGAAGUGGAGGACGUAUACGUGCACACUAACGCUCCCGUAUAUAUGUCAGUCAUGAGCUUAUGACACCUCAAGCUAGACGGACAAAUUGGAAAGCUCUUUAGAUCACCGCAGCCAUUACACAACCUCCUUCAGAUGUGCACGUGUGUGCGUGCAUGUGUAUGUGUGAUUUUUUAAAAUCAGCUUUAUUUGCCGCUCUUUAUAUUAACCCAAAAAAAAAAAAACAGAAUCACAUAUUUUCAACAUACGCCUUGAAUGAAUAAUAAAUAAAUACAAAGAACAUGAUCAAAACACCAAAGUUGCUGGAAUGUUUCCAGAGCUCCAGUGGCUUUCUAAAAAUUUACAUUUUAAGGAGUCUGGAUUUAAUCAUGUUAACACACUGUGACAGGAUCAAUAAUAAAAGUUCUUCUUCCGACUAAAAUAUACUGCCAUCUUGGCUUGCCUUAGAACAAAGUUUAAAAGCUGCCAUUUGUCUUUUUGUAGAUGGGUAUAUUUAGAACCCAUAAUAAAAACUUGCCUGUUAAAAACCUCUUCACACAUCAGAUUUUAUGUUGUAAAAAGAAACAUAUUUGUAUAUUGAGAGCGUUACAACAAGCUAAUGUCACUGAUGCGACUUGAUUUUGAACAGCAAAAUCCACCAUUCACUGCAUAUCAGAGUAAAUUUAGCAUGUGGCUCCUAUCCCGGGACCCCCGUUUGUUCUUUUGGCAUCUCUCAAGGUCAGCCAGCUUGUUCAACAGAAGAACAAGGGAGACGAUCAGCACCUACACCGCACGCUCGUUCGUACAAGUGUCAAUAAAGCAACGCGGUCAAUAAUGGAAAAGGCAUCGCAAUCAACCUCACGUCAAUCACUUGACCUUGCCGUGUCCUUUUUUUUUUUUCCCCAUGUCUGCCCAGCGUUCAACAUGGACACUGACAGUUACUUCCCGUCACAUGUAUUAUAUCUUUCUUUCUCUUUCGGUCAAAGGCUCAAUGACUAGAAGCCGAGAUGCCAUCUCUUCUCUAUCCCCGGUGCAGACACAUCAUAAAAGCCUGGCGAAAUCACAUUACUCUCUCUGUACGCCGCCUCUAUUGCAUUAACCCAGCCAACACUCACCUGUAAUGCUGCUGUCGGGAGAGAAGUACAAAGCUGAUUGGAGCUCCGCGGCCAAGUUGUAGAGAGCUUUUCAGGCCCCAAAAAAUUAGCAAUUGUUAACCUAUAAUAUAAACCAAAAGGUAUCACUGCUUCAGUACCGUUCAGUUGUAUUUAACUUGUUUUAAUAUACAGUAAAACCUUUGCAUUUAAUCUUUAAGAACUAACUGUUCUUAAAGUUUUAUCUAGUCACAAUUAUUAGUUCAAGGCCCUGUAAACUGUACGUAAAAAUGUCUUGUAAAUGUGUUAACAACAGUCAAAUUUGAAUGGAUCCUAUUAUGACAUUUAAUACAGUGUUCCCCCACAAUCGAAAACCUGCAAGUAAUAGACACCCCCCCAAAAAUGUUUAUAUUUGCCGAUAGAUGCCAGAGGUUGGCAGCAAAGCGCUACUUCUCUAUGAGACAGGGCUACGGCCUGACUAAAUGAAGUUCCUCACCUCAGGGUGUAGUCCGCCCAACGCCCGAAGUCAGCUGGGAUAGGCUCCAGCGCCCCGCGACCCUAACCAGGAUAAGCGGUGUUGAAAAUGGAUUUUCUGCCAAAAUGAAUAGAACGAAUCCAUUUAACAACAAACAAAGUGGACACAAAUCAUUUCAUUAUUAAAGCUAUGUGUGGUAUAACAAUCACACGUUUGUGUCAUGAAAACAAUCCAUUUAUACAAAAAGUCACAAAAAUUACACACCAUUUGCUCACCUACUAAGGUUCUGGAGGCACAUUAUCGCUACUGCAUGUAAUGCAAAAUAAUCUUGAGAUGCCACAAAAGCAUCUUUCACUAAUAUUAAAAUGUCAAAGAGAAAAUCAUUGCGUUAUUUAAGCUUUGUGUGGCUUAACAUUCACACUUUUGUCUCCUAAAAACAAUUCAUUUAUUAGAUUUACAAAUUAGGUCACAACAAUAACACUGCGGUUGUCAACUACGCGUUGGUAUGUAAACGCAUAGCAAAUAUAUUCAUAUAGCACAUUUCAUACACACGUUAACUUGAUGUGCUUUACAUGAUUAAAAGCAUUUAAAAACAAAGAGCAAAUUACAUUUAAAAACAAAGCACGGAAAAAUUCAAGACACCUAGCUAAAAAAAGAGGAAAAUGCUCUAAAAUGUUCAGUCAUAAGCAUGAGAAAAAAAGAAUAGUAAAAAAGCAUUUCAAAGCAAUGUUUGCCAUAACAAUCCCACCUUCGUAUCAUGGAAACAAUCUCAAAGGAGGAACAUGGGACAGUCACUAAUAUUAAAAUGUCAUCAAGGGAAAACUCAUUGCAUUAUUAAAGCUAUGUGGCAUAACAAUCCUAUGCUUGUGUCACAAAAACAAUCCCUUGACACGGUUCAAAAUAAGCAAUUAAACGCCCACUGUGAGCUAUGUGUCACCUAUUAACAUUAUCUGAGGCAUAAUAAAGCUACAGUAUUUGUGGCAUAACAAUCACACGCUCAUGUGGCAGUCGCUAGUUGAUGUGGCCUUGUGGGCCAUAUACAGUAGUGUUUGAACCUGUAUAAUGUUCAUUAAAACCCUCAUAACUCACUCACAUUGAGUUUAUUACUUGAAAUAAAUUAUUAUUCCACAGAUGCGCUGAAGGAACGUUAAUCCUCUGAAGCUAUCAUUGGCCUCCGGCUGUAUUUUUUUGACACAAGUGUACUGUUGACUAACAUGAUCCAUAUAGGAGGAGCAGAAAAGACAUCCAAACCUUGCAAUAAAAAACUUAACAAAAAUAUAACUAGUGUUAAAGGCGCGAAAGUAUGCAUAUUUUCACAAUUUAAAACAUUUCCCACGAGUCUUCAUAACAUAUCUAUGACACCCUUUCAUCAAGAUACCCCAGGGAUCGAGAACUCUUUAUGCCCCGCCCUAUAUACUGCUGGACCAAUGGUGAGUGUAGCUUUUGUUACUAUGACAACCAGGAGCAGGGAGGAUUCUACUUGCGAGAGCAGAGCGCAGAGUGCGGAAAUAAAGAAGGCAUCCGUAAGAAUAUUAAAUACAGUUUUCCUGAUGGGGGCAGCGGUUUAUAUGAGUAACAACAACUUAAAGGUGCCAUAUUUUAGCAAGCCAACUUUUUCGAGUAUUUGGGAUAUAAUACUGGCUCUAUGGUGCAUCAGUAAACAUGUGAAAUAUGAAUGAAAAUCUUCCACGCAUUCCUGAGCUCCAGACGUUUAUCUGCCGAGAAGCCUGAAAUCAGGUCAUUCAAAUUUCCUGAGCUCAUCGACAUCACUCGCGAAGCUCUCUGCCUACCUCUCUGCUCCCGAGCCAGGGCUGUCAGCAUGACCAAGAUGUGUACUCUCACAAGUUGGUCUUCUACACGGAGGCAACCGAUCAGAGGAAAGGGGGCGAUCUUAGCUAAAUACGGACCACGUGGAUAUAAAACGAGGUCAAACAGAAGUAGCUGCCAGAGGGGCCUUUUCUUUUGAAAUAAGGUUGGCACUUUUAUACUGAGUACAUGUUAGAGAUUCCCUUUGUGGAGGUCUAAAUAGCCAAAAUAUGGGACCUUUAAAUAUAUAUAAAUGUAUUUUUUUUUCAUGUUUUACUAACUCCAAUUUAAAAAUCUAAUCAACAUUAAAAUGAUAUUUACUUUACCCAAAAUACAACUUCAAUGAGGUUAGAUGUAUAAACAUAAUGGAUAUUGAAAGGGAAGGCGCACUAAUUUGAGACUGCAGUGUACCGGCCCAUUGUAGCAAAAGCGGGAACAAAAGACAAAAGGGCAAGCACUCAAUUUACAGCGGAAAUGAUUUUGCAGCAGGUCACAGGGUUUAAAAGCGAGUAUGAAAACAAAACUGGUGUCUCCGAGCAGCUAUUGUAUGUUUCCAGGCCGUACUGUCCCUACUAAUCCUCUGGGACUCGGUGAUGGGCUGGGGUUUUACAUUAGGAAUGCGCACGCAUGGACACCAUGGAGGUAUUCUGUGUAUGAAUAGCUGACAGUUCAUUCCCAUGUUCUACCCACAGCCUGCAGGAUAUAUCCCGACCGGCAUUGGAGAGGUAUGUCCUCCGGGUGGGACCUGCAGGACAAACGACUGCCCGGUGUCACUAUAUGGAACCCAGUGGCACGUUUUUUGUUUUUGCAUUCAGUUACUCAGUCAACUGUUAAUAGUGACCCAUACAAAUACUGAAGUAAAACUUGAAGGGGGACAUAUUUUGUCAAACCGACUUUUUCUAGUAUUUGGGAUGUAAUAUUGUCUCUGUGAGGCCUCAGUAAACGUGAAAAAGGAAUUAAAAUCAUCCACAGA